GCCGCCGAUGCAACUGCCCAGCCUGCAGAGCCAAACGCGUGAAGUGACGCGGCUCAGGGUUCAACUCAACUCUGAUGAGAAGCAGAUGCCACCGGAGAUGCUGACCUCUCCAAGAGAAGAACCGAGCGCGACUGCACAUGACAGCGUCGUCACGGCGGUGCCGGGCUGCGCCGUCACCACAGUCAUGCCAAAUUUCUCUGGCAACGCCUACUCGUUCAGCGCUUCUUCAGGCGGCACCUUCCACUGCAAAGCCACCGAUCUCAUCUUCGAGGUGGGCGCAGCCGGGCGGCUUCGCUACGGCUGGAGGGAGUGGCCUGUUGAGCUGUUCCAAGAGCAGUUCGUCCCCAUCAGCUCCACGUUUGACAUCAACUGGGACGGCUGCGAUGGCGGCCUUCGCGCCCUAAUGAUCCCGCACUACCUCGACCUGAAGCGCUGGAAACACACAUCCACUAUAAAAGUCCUCCACGCGAGGGACGGCAACAUCGAUGUGAGAGACCCGCGGUGCGUUUCGCAAACGCACGUGAGGGUCCUCACGUCGUCGCUGUCGAUCUUCACAGCGGUGCUCCGGUGGUUCCCCGGGCUCGUGUACCACGUGCACGCGGCCGUGCUCAUCUUCAAGGUUCCCGGCUUGCUCACGAAGCUGCAGCUGCACGUCGUCCCCUACGCAGACGCAAACAUCGAACGCCUGAAGAGGAAGCUGCAGCAAGAACGCUACGAGUAUUACAAUAUUCCUCCCAAGUCGGACGAAAUGCUGGUGGUGGCCACACGGUACGCACUGAGCUGCGACGUCGCCACGAAUUCGAUACAGCCGCAGGAACUGACGAUGGAGAACCCGGCGAGUGACUACAACUUCAUUCACGUCUCGUUCGAUGGCACCUUCAAGGAGGUCUUCCUCACCCUGACGAAGAGGGGCCAGCAGGAGAAAAACGUCUGGACGAGAAGGGUGCAGUGGCGAGACAAGGAGACGGCUCCCGAAGCCCCCAAAGCUGCAAAGAGUCGACGCGUCGGCCCCCAAAAUCCAGAGCAUCUCUUUGACAAGAUCAGAUCGGAGUUGCCCACGUUGGUGGGAGCUCUGCAAGGCAACCUGACGCCCCUGCUCAAUGAAUUUUCUGCGCAAGGGAUAUUGACGCAGCCAGAGAUCUCACAAAUCCGAGCGGUCUCCUCCAGCAACGGCGGAUUCGAGGCCGCCAGCCAGCUGGUGGAGCGCAUCCUCGAGAAGCGCGCGGGCAUCUCGGAGCCCGUGUGGGAGGCGCUGUGGCAGACCCGCGACACCUACCAGAAGCUCCGCGACCUCCUUUGUGACGUCUUCCCCGACAGGGAUCCUUGAAAUCCGCCCCGCCCACCACCACCUCAGAGAGACGGAGGCACCCGUCCACGCUUUGAAAAGAAAGAGGACGCGUGUUCUCGAAGAUACUACGCCAUUUCAUUGUUGUCGAUGUUGUUGUUUUACACCAGAUUGCAAGCCCUCGUGUGCUUGAGCUCCUGUGUUGUCGUUCGAUUGCCAGGAGCGGCCCGUCUGUCGCGAACAAUUGUGGCUGAAACCGCGCGGACGACGCGGACAAUUCGCAGGAGCAUUUCGAAGGCUCUAAAAUGUGCGCGAGACUUGCAGAGAUAGCCAGAGAAAUACAGAGACACAGACAUACACAGAGACACGGAUAUACACUGAGAUACACACACACACAGAGAUACACAAAUAUACAAUGGCACAGAGAUACACACAGAUACAAAGAGAUAUACAGAGACAGAGAUACGUAGAGAUACAGAGAGACGCAGAGAGACACAGAGAUAUAGAAAUACAGAGUUGCAGAGACACAAAAAUGCACAAGACCCAUGGAGACCCACAGAGAGCCGUUGAGACCCACAAAGAGACACCCAUAGAAACCCACAGAGACCUAUAGAGACUUAGAGGCACUCAGAGACCUACGAAGAGACACCCAGAGACCCGCAGAGAUACACAGACCCACUGACGCCCAAAGAGUAGCACGGUUGCCUAUGUACGGUGCCAAAGACGUUCAACGCACAGAACACAGACAACUUAAAGCUUUGUCCUAUACUUUAAGGUUGUUUGUUGUAUUUCGAGGCCUCAUAAGUCGAGGCCCUACGCUGUAGCUUACUUGGCUCAGGCCUAAAUUCGUACUCUAUCUGCGUUGCACACAAACACACAGAGUGCGUUAGAACUAUUAACCUGACGUCGAAGGCACGAAGGGAAGGCCAACUCAAUGGUCACGCUCCACUCGUGCCCUCAUUUUGUGACCAGCAGUGGCAAAACUGGAACAAACCAAGUGUCUAAAAGUACACCGCCAAUUCACUGCAAAGAGCCCAGUGUGUGUGUGUAGUGUCAACGAUUCGGAGACAGAAUUUAUAGGAUACACCUUCUUUAUUCACCACGACUUCCACGGUCGUCGUCCACACCACACUCCCCAGGAUAGCUCAGCCUCGCCCGUACACAGCCCUGGCCGUCUAACACCGACGGCGCCGACUCUGAGACGGCCAACUGCUCUCCUUCGUAGGGCUACGUCCAGCGGAGACGUUUGGCGAUGACGUAGACGAGACGACAGCGACGACGAGACGGGUCCACUCCCAGAACCGGCAGUCUCGAGCUCCCCACUCUCGGCUCCGUUUACGCUACAUGGUGUUGUAUAUCUUGGCCUUUUCCCAAAAAUGUAUAUUAAGUAUAAUUCUGCCAAUAUUUUUUUUAUAAUAAAUCGGAGUGUAGCAAAAAAAAGAGUUGAAACAAAACAUCUUAACCCCACUGCCUCUCACAAACCACACAAGAAGGCAGCUGGAGAUAAGCCAUAACAUGUAAUAAAGCCCCGGGGCAAAGGGAGGUUAGUGAGAAUCUGGGAAUCUCCACAUGGCAAAGGACCAUAAGGCACGACCUCCACGGACGUUUUGGACAGUUUCCCAAACAAAUCCUCCAGAUCCACUGGAAUCUGGAGAAACAGCCUGGUCUCACAUCGAAACUUGCUGACACAGACUUUUACACCACCCCAGUCAGCUCUCCGCGGACGGCGAGAGCCACAGGGCAAAUGGACUUUAAAACUGGCGUUUUUUUUACAACGGUAAAAGUUUGAAACUUAGCAACAAGGAUAAAUAGACAUUAUAGACUGCCAGUACACUCUCAGAUUAAGAACCAAACAGCAGUCUACAUUAGUGGCUUUUAUCAUUACUUAUUUUAUUUUACCCUUAUCUACCUCAUAUAUUGUUUCUUAUUGUAUCUUUUUGUCUAUGUGACUUUACCGAAAGAACCAAAGCAUAUUAAUUCUUGCAGUCACGAAAGUUUUAAGUGAAAAUGUAACCCUCGUGUAGCAUCAACAGACCGUUGGGACAAGUGCUGUUACGGGCAGCAGCAGCACCUAUGCAUGCCUGGAUGUUGAAGUAACCUUCGGGUGUCUGUAUGUCUCUGUGAGUCUCUGUGAGUCUCUGUGGGUGUCUCUAUGAGUGUCUCUGUGGGUGUCUCUGUGGGGCUCUGUGGGUGUCUCUGUGGGUGUCUCUGUGAGUGUCUCUGUGAGUGUCUGUGGGUGUCUCUAUGGGUGUCUCUGUGGGGCUCUGUGGGUCUCUGUGAGUGUCUCUGUGUAUCUCUGUGGCUUAGGUCAAAACUUAGUUAUAUCUCCAACCUCAGGAUAUCAAAAUAUAACUCGAGAAUAAGAAGCACGGACCCCUGGCGACACGGACGAAGAACAAAGCCUAAGAAAACCCUCGGAAUACCUGUGGAAACAUCUAUGGUACAUCACAAAUCUUGGUUAAACAUAAACCGAGCAAUAAUUAUGAAGUAUUAGCCCUAGGGUAAUUCAAAAGAGAUACAAGGCGAAAUAGGUCAAUCACACACGACCAAGAUAAUAUGUAUUCCAUAAGACCAGAGCCUCCAAACCGCCUUUGUCUUCCAACAAUUUGACACAAUAAAUGGUAGAAAUAAAAUACGUAUGAUGGGAUGGUGCCUUCCCUUGAGACAGCAAACACCACGAAGGCAGAGAGGGGGGGGCGCAAACAAAAAACAUGAACGUGGUGAUGGAAAGCAGCCAGUCAAAGUUUAAAGGGGGGGUGGGCAACCUGGCGGCUGCGGCCACGGGAGGAGAACGAGACAGGGAUUCUGGUUUUUUUUUCGCAAGAGACGCACAGAGGGGAGAGAAUUUCACAUAUAAGCAGGGACACAGAUAUUGCAACUGAGUCUUGCUGCGGCAAGCUCCGGGAGUGGGUCCCGCAAUCAACCAUGGAUGUCGAGUCUUGCAGAGGAGAUGGGCGAUGUGUUGCUUGGCGCUGAUUUCUGCGCUGACCGACAGUUAUCGCUGAAAGUUUUAUUCUACAUUCAUCCUGAUGUUUUGAGUCGCUUACAGAGUCAAGGAAUUCGAUAAGUUGUAUUGUACUAAGCGAUAAGAGUUGCGAGAAGCUAGGAAAUGUGCGAAUACAAUUUAUGAGUUCUGAGAGUAAGUGAGGAGCUGCGAGCACAAUCGUGCACCGCCAAAGGAGAGCACGGAGAAGGAGAGAGAGAGAGCGUGACCGGCGCAACUGAGAAAGAGUGUUGCCACUAGCGACCAGCAGACGAGCAUCAUCCAGCAGCAGAGAGACCUGCAGCUGCCGCCAAGAGAGAGAGAGAAAGCGCCUUGUGUAUGACAACAACAACAACCGCCAUUCGCCACUAAGUGGCGGUGACGUCACCACGAUGCUUGUGCCAGGCCAAGUGCACCUUGAGGCCACGUGAAGUGUCGAAAGCCCGCUGGCAGGAGGUCACGGGGCAGACCCAGGUGCCACGGGUCGACUGACCGAGAUGACCGAGAUGACUGGCUGAUGCACCACCUGUGCCCCCUACUGUGCCAACUUGCUGUGCUUUAGCCACCCGGCGCUCCGCUCGUUGUUGUGAGCGUCGCUCCUCCGCCCUCCGUUGUUGUUGGAGGGCGACUGCCUCCAACUGCCCAGUAGCGUCCUUCACGAGCCCACACACACACACGAAUCAUCGCCCAGCAGGGAACCAAAGCAUUUUUGGUACAAGAAACUCCCCACCUCGGCGUCUGCUUAACGCAAAGAGUUGAGCAAGGAGACAAGUUUCAAGUUUUUUUUUCAAGUUUCAUGUUUUAGGUAAAGCCCUGUGAGCCAUUCGGCUCUUGAAUCGGGUGCAACCGCAACAAAAAAAAACAUGAACAAGAAUACAUCUUAUAGUGACUAUGUGCAAACAGAAAAUCCAAGAAAAGACAGCAAAAUAUUGCAGAAAAAGCACCGUACAACAACACUGUGUGCAAAAAUCCCAGUGGGAUGCAAGUCAAACAACAACAACCACAAGACAACUUAGAUUAAGGCCAUCAGUCUAAUUCUGUACUACAACAAACAAACAUGGCCAAACCAAAAAACUUUUCGAAAAUCACCAAAAUAAAGCCAUAAAAGCAAUGAAACAGUGGUCAUAGGAACUAUGACCGAAUUUUCACAAUAAACGACGUGAACAACAUGUACUACCAAACUCUGUAGCCAUAGCUGGCUGCAUGAGUCACUCCACAACAGUAGGAGCAUCAGUCGGAGUAUCAACAUUUUUCAAUGCACCUUUAA